AAUUCGCUUAUAAAAAGCCCCCUAAACCCUCUGACCAUCGCCUCUUUACAUCGCGCUCUCUCAAAUCAAAACCCUAGCCCAAAAACCCUAGCCCCUGCUCUCUCUCUCUCUCUUUCUCCCUGUUUCUUGCUCGCUCAAUCGCUCUGCUUCAAUGGAAUUUUGGGGUGUUGAAGUGAAGGCUGGAGAGCCAGUAAAAUAUGUGCCUGUUGAUGGCAAAGUUGUGCACCUGUCACAGGCUUGUUUGGGCGAGACAAAGAAGGGAGUUGAUCAGGGUGUCAUCUCUGUGAAGAUCGAUGACAAGAAGUUUGUUUUGGGAACUCUUUCAUCUGAUAAAUUCCCUCAUUUGUUCCUUGACUUGGUUUUUGAGAAAGAGUUUGAGCUCUCGCACAACUUGAAAAAUGGAAGUGUCCACUUUUGUGGUUAUCAGACCUUGAUUGGAGAGGACGAGGAGGGUGAUUCAGAAUUUGAUUCCUCAGAUGAGGAUGUCCCGAUGGAAAUCACACCGAAUGGAAUACCAGCUCCUUCCAAGACUAACACUGUGAAACCUGAAGCUUCUGAAAAGCAAAAAGUUAAGAUUGAUGAGCCAAGUAAUGAUGAUGAUGAUGGUUCUGAUGAUUCAAGUUCUGAGGAUGGUUUGGGUGGUUUUGAAGAUUCAUCAGAUGAGGAUGAUGAUAGUGAUGAGGAUGAUGAUGCUACUGAUGAGGAUGAUGAGGAGACACCUACUCCUAAGAAGGCUUCCAAGAAAAGACCCAAUGAAUCUGCUUCUAAAACUCCAGUCCCUGCUAAAAAAGCCAAGCAAGUAACUCCUCAGAAGACUGAUGGAAAGAAGGCUGCGCACACUGCCACCCCACACCCUGCAAAGAAGGGUGGAAAGACUCCUGCUACAGGUGACAAGCCCAAGCCACAAACACCAAAGUCUGGUGGCGAGCACUCAUGCAAACCUUGCAGCAAGUCGUUUAAUUCUGAUGGUGCGCUUCAGUCACACAACAAGGCCAAGCACAGUGCCAAGUAGAAGGACGUGCAGGAUCGUGGCAUGCUUAUGAUAUAUUGUAGUUAUUUUUGGUCAUUGAGAGUACAGAGGGUGAUAUGUUAAGGUUAUGGUGGUAGCAACGGUUGUCCUCUGGUUUUGAGUUAUCGGCUUGUCUUUUAGAGUUGUUAUUUCACAGUUAACUGAACCUAUAUUUUACUUUUCUAUUUGGAUAUUGCUUAUUAAACUUAA